UCCAUCACGUACCCUCCCUUACCUUUCCCCCCUCUGCUUAAGUCUCUUUAAAAGCUGCCGCCAGUGUUGUCUGUCAGGCUCAUUAUCAUUUUGUCUUGGCUCGAGGGAAUUAUAUAACCCUUCAGACACAGGCAAACUUCAGUCAGUGGAACUUCACUAAGGUAGAGCAAACAGAGUCAGGAUAGGAAAUCUGACAGACUGGACUGUUAUUAUCUAUUAAUGGACCAACUUCAGAGUAAGAUGCUUCUUUCUUUCAACAUCCUGAUGCUGCUCCUCCUGCAGCUGGCUCUGUCAGGCCCAGUGCCGCUGACCACACGCUCCAGAGGAUGUCCUGGCUGCAAAGGAAAGCCCUCACAGAGUCAGCCAUUGGUGGAUUUAAACGCCACCUCUCUGGCUGUUGGAGCACCGUGUGGAGUCUACACUCCGAGCUGUGCCCGUGGGCUGAGCUGUGCACCUCCACAGGAUGAGCCGAAGCCUCUCCGAGCUCUGCUGGAGGGCAGAGGGGUCUGCAGUAAUGACAGCAGCGUAACCCCGACGGAGAAGAUCCACACUGCAGAUCCAGCUCCCACUGAGGAUCCAGAGGAGGCUCCAUGUCGAAAACUGCUAACAACACUCAUCCAAGGGCUUGAUGCACAUUUAUUUAAUUCCAACCAUGACAUCUACAUGCCCAACUGUGACAAGCGUGGCUUCUUCAGAAAGAAGCAGUGUUGGUCAUCUCGAGGGAAGCAGCGUGGAAAGUGUUGGUGUGUGGAUGAGAAAGGCAUGCUGGUCUCUACAGGAACCAGAGAGAAAGGCCGCCUGAGCUGCUGAGUGGCAUAGAGACUGGACUGAAGCAGAGGAGGAUAAAGAUGAAGGAACAUCACACAGAGAAACUGGUUCAUUCUCCAUCAGCCACAAACAGCUUUCCACCAAUGAAGAACUGUGUCAAAAUCUUAGUAACUUUGUCUCUUUGCGCCCUCUGCUGAAAAUAUUGAGGUUGUAUUGAUCUGAUUUAUUACUUUGGGGAAAGACUUUGCAGAGACAACAUCUCUCUCCCUGAUCAUUUAACUCUGCAACAACUCUGCAGAAACUUUUGCACAUUUUCAAGUUGUUUACUUUUUAAGUUCAAGAUUUUAACUCCAUAAAUAUCUUAUGUCAAGUUUUAUAAUUACAAUUGGAAACCUGUUUUUAGAUAUAUAAACCAUACAUAAAAUGUAAUUUGGCAUUUUGUAUGCACCCAGUAUAUCAUAUUUAUAUAAUAUUUUUCUUACAUUGAAACCACUUUAAUUUUAUUUCUGUGUAUAUAAUAUAUAAAUGUUAUUCUAUUUAUGUUACUUUGUAUAUGAUAUUUUAUUUAUGUUAAUAUUACUAACAUAUAUAAGUUGACUAGCUCAUAAGAGCAGACACAAGACAAAUGCACAUGCUGGCAUUAUUUUCAAGUAAGUUUUAAGAAAAUGUUCUGUUUUUUGAGUUUCUGAAUUGAUAUUUUAUUAAAAAUA